GGGGGCGCGGCCGCGCCAUGGUGCCCGGGUCCCCGGCGGCCGGAGCGGGGCCGGCGCCGCGGGCGCUGUCGCUGGCGGCGCGGCUGAGCUACGCGGUGGGCCACUUCCUCAACGACCUGUGCGCGUCCAUGUGGUUCACGUACCUGCUGCUCUACCUGCACUCGGUGCGCGCCUACAGCUCGCGCGGCGCCGGCCUCCUGCUGCUGCUCGGCCAGGUGGCCGACGGGCUCUGCACGCCGCUCGUGGGCUACGAGGCCGACCGCGCCGCCGGCCGCUGCGCGCGCUGCGGGCCCCGCAAGGCCUGGCACCUGGUCGGCACCGUGUGCGUGCUGCUGUCCUUCCCGUUCAUUUUCAGCCCGUGCCUGGGCUGCGGGGCCGCCACGCCCGAGUGGGCCGCCCUCCUCUACUACGGGCCCUUCAUCGUCGUCUUCCAGUUCGGCUGGGCCGCCACGCAGAUCGCGCACCUCAGCCUCAUCCCCGAGCUCGUCACCAGCGACCACGAGAAGGUGGAGCUCACGGCCCUCAGGUACGCCUUCACCGUGGUGGCCAACAUCACCGUCUUCGGCGCCGCCUGGCUGCUGCUGCGCCUGCAGGGCUCUGCGCGCGAGGGGCCCCCCGACGAGGCCGGCGACCACCUGGGGGUCCAGGACGUGCCGGUGUUCCGGACCCUGUCGCUGUGCGUCGUGGGCGUGGGCGCCGUCUUCUCGCUGCUGUUCCACCUGGGCACCCGGGAGAGGCGCCGGCCACCGGCGCAGGAGCCGGACGAGCGCAGCCCGCUGCUGGCCCCGGCCACCGCGCGGCCGCUGCUGCUCUGGAAGCACUGGCUCCGCGAGCCCUCCUUCUACCAGGUGGGCCUGCUGUACAUGAGCACGAGGCUCAUCGUGAACCUGUCCCAGACGUACAUCGCCAUGUACCUCACCUACUCCCUCAACCUGCCCAAGAAGUUCAUCGCCACCAUCCCCCUGGUGAUGUACGUCAGCGGCUUCUGCUCGUCCUUCCUCAUGAAGCCGGUGAACAAGUGCAUCGGGAGGAACAUGACCUACUUCGUGGGCCUCCUGGUGAUCCUGGCCUUCGCAGCCUGGGUGGUGCUGGUCGAUGAGCUGGGCAUGGCCGUGUACGUGGCCGCCGUGCUGCUGGGCGGGGGCUGUGCCACCAUCCUCGUCACCUCACUGGCCAUGACGGCCGACCUCAUCGGCCCGCACACGCACAGCGGAGCUUUCGUGUACGGCGCCAUGAGCUUCUCAGAUAAGGUGGCCAAUGGGCUGGCGGUCAUGGUCAUCCAGAGCCUGCACCCUUGCUCCCUGGAGCUGUGCUGCAGGGCCUGCGUGGGCUUCUACCACUGGGUGAUGGUGGCCGUGACGGGCGGCGUGGGCGUGGCCGCCACCCUCUCCCUGUGCAGCCUCCUCGUCUGGCCGAUCCGCCUGCGGAGCUGGGACCCUGGAGCCCAACCCUGACCCCGCCACGACCCCCCGUGUGGAGGAAGCACGACUGCACAUUCCACGUCCAGCUGAGGCCGAGAAGCGCCCUGCCUGGCUGCGGGCCGGCGGGCGAGGGCGGGACACGCAGGACCCUGGCGGCUUAUCCCGCUGGGACAGGGCCCCUGAGCUAGGCCCUGAGGUCCCCAGGGCCGUGGGGUCCUCGCAGGUCUGGGGGUGCCCCGGUACAGCUCUGGAUGGUCUGGGGCCCUCUCUCUGUUGUGUGGGGGCAGGACGUGAGGGGCCAGGGCUGUGCCGGGCUCAGCCCCGGUUCCUGGCUCACCCUCGGCCCCGCUGGGGUCUCCCGGCCGCUGCCAGGGGACAGUGUGUCACGGAGGCAGCCAGGAGUCCCCACUGGGGCUGCCCAGGCCCGGGGUGCCGGCAGGUGAGCCCAGCUCCUGGCUGCGCCAACAGUGAAUAAAGAGCCGCCGGUGGGCGCACAAGGA